AUGGAACUCCCCUGGAAUGAUGCUGAAGUUUAUCGCUUAAUGAUUUCUAAACUCGAAGUGAAAUGGUAUGACACCUUUGUUCUGCUUUUCGUCUCCGUUUUAGCUGUUGUUGACCCAGUCACGGACAUACUAACUCUGCGCGAAUUCUACCUCAAGGAUCACAAGAUUUGGUUUGGCGUGGGGCUUGCGUUCGUCGUUUUACCGAGUUUCAUUUUGUCAGUUACACCGUGCUAUUUGCAGAGGAUAUUAUCACAGAGUGAAAGUAAACGGUCGAUGGGCUUAAUUCCGUGUGUACUUUUUAGGUGGAAUCCACUGUCGCUUGCUUAUAUGCGCUUUAAAGCAUUUAUUCUGUGCUCCAGCAACUUUAAGACGUUGUGGCAAAAUGAAACGUUAGAAGACGACUACAGGGAAAAAAUUCGGCAGCUAAUAAUUGACGCGUAUUGGUUUGGAAGACUGGAGGCAUUCUAUGAAUCAGUUCCUCAGUUCAUCAUCCAACUACAUGCUAUAGUUGUCCUACAGGAACAAGUUUCAACUACCCAAAUAAUUUCCUUGUGUGCUUCUCUCUUUAGUAUAACUUGGACAUUUACCGAUGAUAGUGUGCGAAAGAUGAUUGUUUUAGAAGGCGCGAGGAAAACUGAUUCAAAAUGCAGCAAGUUCAUAACAACAGUUGUCUUCUACUUAUCGUGGCUAUUUCACGUCAGCAGCCGAUUACUGGCCAUCACUUUCUUCACUGUUGGCUUCAAGUGGUGGGCUAUUGCUGUGUUUGUAUUUAACUUUAUCGUCUUAGUGGCUUUUUACAUAGUCUGGGGGGCAGACAUCAUGAUCAUACUAACAGGACUAAAUCACUGGCAGGAACCCGACAGCAAAUUAUCCAGGGCCAUAUUCUAUCUCCUCCGCGCAUCUUUUCGCAUCACCUUGAUAGGGUAUUCCCCGGAACCGCAAAUUUUCGCCAAAAAAAAUAAUUCUUUUUUAUUAAUUAGGGCACUCCCUCUUUUUUUUUAA